AGCGUGUUGGUGUGCCGAUUUCUUGGACCUCUAAAAGCACGGUGAAGUGAUUUUAUUGCGCGUGUAAUUGUCGAGUGUUAGUUUAUCUUGCGUUUUAACUUUGAAUAAGUGUGUAUCACUCCUAGCAAUUAUACGUUUUGAUAAAAAAAAAAGAUUUACAGCAAUUUCAGAACUGGGUGUUGCUUCUACUUCCUACACUGCCAGUACAGACGUCAUACCUGACACAGUAUUAAGUUUCGUAAUUGGGUCGUCUAUAUUUGGAUUUCAGCUUGAAAACCCUUAAAUACCGAUUAUUCGGCGUAAUUAACCACCUAGAAUUUUACAGGUAAUUUUAUUAAAAUGAACAAGAAUGGUCCUCCACCUCCGUAUGAACCACCGCCAAGUGCACCACCUACCUACUCGCAGAGUGUGGGAGGUGUCCCACCUGCCAGUCCUUAUACACCGGUACAAUCAUUUGCCGGUGGUCCAACUAUAGUUACAACUGUUGUGCCAGUUGGACCACAUUCGACCCAUAUGAUAUGUCCUCGAUGUCAUUCUGAAAUUGACACAGCUACCAAAACAGAACCUGGAAUGAUUGCCUAUAUUUCUGGAGUGGUCAUCGCAUUACUUGGUUGUUGGCUAGGUUGCUGUCUAAUUCCAUGCUGCAUCGACGAAUGUAUGGAUGUCCACCACAGCUGUCCACACUGCAAGGCAUAUUUGGGACGUCAUCAAAGAUAAACUGCUUUCAAAACGAAAGUAGGGUUCUGAUUGCUGCAUUUCUGAUCCGAAUGUGAAGUCAAGAUAUAAAUAAAAGUAAGAUAUUUAGGGAUAGUGGCUAGGAACACCUUGCAGUUUCUGACAUAUGAAAUCAAACUAGCAGCUACAUAUCUCCGGACGGUGUCAAUUUAUAUAAAUGUAUUCAAUCGUAAACUAUUCUGAACAAUGAAGACAAGCAAUGGACGUACGUCCACCACUGUUCACAUUUACAAUUUUUGCAAAAUCAAAAUAAUUCAAUUGGGUACUCCACAGAUAUGAACCCACACGCUUUAUACUACUUGAGUCUCCUUGUCCAGGCAGUUAUUCGAAUUAAGUCAAUGGAAUCUCGGUUAUAAAUACCGUGUUAAAGUAGGUCAGCGGCUUUAUGGAUAAAGUAGUCACAAAUUAUUGUACAAUAUUGCCCUUCUUGCCGCUCUUUUUGUUUUUGAGUUUGACAAACACUUAACAAAUUUCAUUGUGCAGCUACCUUUCGCCACUAUGAAUUAUAAAUGGCCCUAUUGUUGCAUUAUUUACAUUUGCUUUCGACGUUUUCUAGCUUCAUUUGUAUUCUAUGCACAAAACACGAUAUCUAUAUAUCUAGGCUAACGGUACAAGAAUAUCAUCUCAUGCAAUGACUUUGACCGAAAAUCUAUACAACAUGAUGAUAUAUUUUUCUACAAAGUUCAUGUCAAUUAGAUCUUUAUUUUAAUAAAUUUAUACCACAAUAAUGUGCCAUUUCUCAGCUAAAUAUAUUGAGCAUUUCCUCAUUCCAUUAUGAAAGCAAUAAUUACAUGUCGAUAUUGUUUAUCGAAUCUGUGGUCGUGGAUUAUUUUUUUACAUUAUAUUACGUGAAAAAUAUACAGUAAGAAAUAUGUGAAGAUAAGUGCCUUUCAAAUCGUAUGUGCAACUCAUGUACAACGCUUUAUUCUAACAGGAACAAUGUGAUUAAAAAAAUUUGCGACUACAAAUCCGGUUUGCUACGUAAAAAUAAUGUUAUUUUUUCUACACAGAGUAAACGACAAAAGUCAAUUAUAUGACAUAAACUAGAAUGGAACUAAAGCGAAUUGCAUUGUUCUUAUUAAUAUUAUUCUAUAACCGCAUAGGAAUGGUCAAUUGUUAGUGAAUAAGAAUUUCGAUUAAUAACAAGGUUACUCUAUAAUUCGUUUUAUCUCAACACUAAUAUUGUUACUAGUUUUUGUAGAAAAAAAAAUUGAAAAAAACAUCUACACAAUAAAGCUAUUAGCAAUUAUAGCAUA